AUGUUACAAUUGUUACAUGAUGCACGUGGGCUGAUAAAACGCGUCGUAUCAUUUUUUGGCCCUUCAGGUUAACACGUUCUUAUAAUAAAAAAAUGUCCUUGCCAAAGAGACGCGCCGUUGCCAAAUCUAAUCUUGCUGCCUUACAAACUCUUCGUCGCUUACGACAAGAAGGAGGUUCUCGUCUUCAAGAGUAUGAGGUUCAAGAGCCAGAAGUCAUUUAUGAUGAAGUUACGGAAGAAAUUUAUCAAUCUGAAGUCAAGAAAGUGACAGAAAUGGUUGUUAACGAUGAUGGAACUCGAUAUAUAACAGAAGAGUUGGAUGAUUUGGGACAAAAAUAUGCUGAUGAAUCCGAGUAUGAAGAAGACCCAAUAGAUGAAAAGCGAAAAAGAAAAGGUUCAGAAAAUCAAAAUGAUGCCAAACCAAAUACAACUAUCAAUAAUUAUUUUUUACGUGCUGCCAUUUCAAAUAAAUUGACAAAACAUAGAAGCACGAAAUCUACUAAGGAAGAGUCCGAAUUUAUGUCUGAUCUUUUGCAAAGAUUGGAUGAUGAAGACGAAGAUGACGAACAAGAGGAAUUUAUUCAAUCUCUAAUUCAAGAGAAUAAUCAAUUGAACGCAGUCUCAAUGGAUUAUAAACCCAUGAAUCCUGAUGCUGACGGCGAAUUUAUGUACCAAAGAAAUCAAAAAAGAGUAAAUGGUGGGCUGCAAUCAUAUACUUGUGAGAAAAACAAGUUAGACACAAUGUCAAUGGAAUAUACACCUUUGAAAAGUAAUUUAACUUAUCAAGAAAAAGUAGAUGAUGAACAGGGCCAGUCAUUUAACCAUGAGACCAAUACCGUCUCAAUGGAAUAUACACCUUUGGACAGUGAAGUUAUUUAUCAAGAAAAAAUAGAUGACAAGCAAGGUCAAUCAUCUAUUCAUGAAACCGAUAAAAUGGACACAGUCUCAAUGGAAUAUAUUCCUUUUGACAGCGAAUUUACUUAUCAAGAAAAAGUAGAUGAUAAACAGGACCAAUCAUAUAUUCAUGAAACCAAUCAACCAGAUACAGCCUCAAUGGAUCAUAAUAAACCUUUGAAACUUGAUACAAACAGUGAAUUUAUUUAUCAAACGAAAAAUGAUAAAAAAUUUGACCAAUCAUUUAUUCAAGAAACAAUUCCACCUAUUAAUGAUCAAUCACAUAAUUGUUACAGAUUGUUUUGGAUAGAUGCAGUCGAAAAAUUUGGAAUUGUAUAUAUUAUUGGAAAGGUAUUCAACAACGAAAGUAAAACGUACAUAAGUUGCUGCGCCACUGUCAAAAACAUUCAUAGAAAUGUUUUCAUAUUACCAAGACAAAGAAAACUUGACGAACACGAUAAUGAAACUGAAAUUGAUGUAACAAUGGAAGAUGUUAGUAGUGAAGUGAAUGAUAUCUUUAAAAAAAAAUUCAGAGAUUUUCAAGUUUUUACAAAGCCAGUGAAUCGUAAAUAUGGGUUCGAAUUACCAGACAUUCCUACUGAAGCACAAUAUUUGAAAGUAACAUAUCCAUUUACACAGGAUUCUUUACCUAGAAAUUUGAGUGGAAAAACUUUUACUCGCGCUUUUGGUACAAAUACUUCUGCGCUUGAAUUAUUCAUAUUGAAACGCAAAAUUAAAGGACCAUGUUGGCUGGAAAUCAAAGAUGCUAUUGUGGAAACAUCUAGAAUUUCUUGGUGCAAACUUGAGCUUGUUGUCGACGAUCCUAAAAAAAUUAGCAUUUUGAAAGAAUCAAAUUUUUCUGAACCGAUUAAAUCACCUUCAUUAACAACCAUGUCGUUGAGUUUAAGAACUAUAAUGAAUCAUAAAAAGCAAGUUAACGAAAUAGCUGCUUUUAGUGUUCGUUUUUAUCCAAAAGUGCCAUUGGAUGAAGCAGUUACACCGGAAAAAUUACAAUAUCCUGUACAAUAUUCUGCAAUUCGCCAACUGAAUGAUAAACCAUGGUGGACUCAUGGAUUUGAAGAACUUGUAGAGAAAGAAAGAAAAAAAGGACUUCAUCUAAAUUUGGAAGCGAAUGAAUAUUCGUUAAUCAACUAUCUAUUAGCACUCAUCAAGCAGUAUGAUCCUGAUGUUUUUAUCGGACACAAUUUCAUCGGAUUUGAUCUUGACGUCUUGUUACAUCGUUUAAAAGAAUUAAAGAUUAAGGAUUGGUCCUGUCUUGGAAGGUUACGAAGAGUUGUAUGGCCAAAAUCACAAAGUGGGUCUACUGCGAAUGAGUCAUCCUUCGUGGAAAAGUCAAUUGUAAAUGGUCGAUUGAUUUGCGAUACCUACCUAAACGCGAAGGACCUAGUCAAAUCCAAGAAUUAUUCGUUAACAGAACUUGUCUUAUCACAAUUAGGCAAGCUUCGUAAAGAUAUCGAAUAUGAUAAAAUUCCGAUGUAUUAUAGUCGAGCCAAAGAUUUAUUAGAUGUAGUUUGCCAUUGUUGGAAUGAUGCUAUUUUUACGGCAGAACUUAUGUUCAAACUUCAGAUAUUGCCUCUUACUAAACAAUUAACAAACUUAGCUGGCAAUAUAUGGUCAAAAACUCUUAUUGGAAGUAGAGCGGAUCGUAAUGAAUUUCUUCUGUUACAUGAGUUUCAUCAACACAAAUACAUAUGUCCAGACAAAGAAUAUAAGAAAAUUCAGGAACAAAUUAGUGUAGAUGGAGAAGAUGAAUCAACAGAAACUAAAGCAAGUGGGCGAAGAAAACCUACUUAUGCCGGAGGCCUCGUGCUAGAGCCCAAAAAAGGAUUUUAUGAUAAUUAUGUUGUACUUUUGGAUUUUAACAGCUUGUAUCCAUCAAUUAUUCAAGAAUACAAUAUUUGCUUUACUACAGUAGUCAGAGUUGGGAUGGAAAAGAACAUUACUCCCGAAAUACCUGAUUCAAGUUUACCACAGGGUAUCCUACCUAAAUUGAUUGCUAAAUUAGUUGAGCGAAGAAGAAUGGUAAAGAAUUUGAUGAAGAGUUCAAUAGUUACCUCAGACAAACUUGCCGAAUAUGAUAUUCGUCAAAAGGCUCUUAAACUUACGGCGAAUAGUAUGUAUGGUUGUUUGGGUUAUACUUACUCCAGGUUUUAUGCCAAGCCGUUAGCUAUGUUGAUCACUUUCAAAGGUCGUGAAAUUCUGGAAAACACUGUUAAAUUAGCGGAGAACGAGAAGAUGGAGGUAAUUUAUGGAGAUACAGAUUCUAUUAUGAUUAACACUAAAGCAAUAGACAUAAAUCAAGCGCUUGAAGUUGGUAACAUCUUAAAAAAGAAAGUCAAUGAACGAUACAAAUUGCUCGAGCUUGAAAUUGACGGUUUUUUUGAGAAACUACUUUUGCUAAAGAAAAAAAAAUAUGCGGCUAUUGUUGUUGAGAAAAAAAACGGCAUCUUAGAACGUUCUUGUGAAACAAAAGGACUCGACCUUGUGAGAAGAGAUUGGUGUGAUUUAGUGAAUAAAGUAUCAAGAUUUGUUUUGGAUCAAAUUUUAUCAUCUCAUGAUCGAGAAGUAAUAGUUAACACAAUCCAUGCUUACUUGAGGCAAGUGGGAGAAGAUACGCGUUCCGGAAAUUACCCUAUUAAUUCCUUUAUAAUUAAUAAAAAUCUCGCAAAAUCACCGGAAGCUUAUACUGAUGCAAAAAUCCAACCUCAUGUGCAAGUUGCAUUGAGAAUGAAAAAGAAAGGGUUAAGUGCCCGUACGGGAGAUUUUAUUCCAUAUGUUAUCUGUCUAACAGCUGAUGGUAAAGAGUUCGAUAAAAAUAUUUCCGAUCGAGCAUUUCAUCCUGACGAGAUAAAUGAGUCCGAUUUGCGAAUCGAUUAUGAUUGGUAUUUAAAAAUCCAAAUCCAUGCUUCGGUUUCUAGAUUAUGCGGACAUAUUGAAGGGAUUGAUAAUGCAUCCAUCGCUGAGUGUUUAGGAUUUGAUCCAUCAAAAUUCAAAAGUUCAUCGAAUCUGGCGACAUCACAUAAAAUUGGUUCGAAAAUGCCGGAUGGAGAGCGAUUUAAGGAUGUUGAAAAAUUUAUGCCAAUAUGUAUUCAUUGUAACGUAACAAAUAUCUUUGAAGGGUUAAAGGACUCUGAAGGGUUAAUUAAAUGUAAUGGGUGUAACACCAUUAUUCCAUUUUCUUCGAUUUUGACACAACUUACUUUCAAAGUUCGUUCCUAUAUUAAACAAUAUUAUGAUGGUUGGAAAGUAUGCGAUGAACUAAGUUGUUUAUAUCGAACUAGACAAGUCACUUACUCUAAAAAUUGUAUUAAUCGAGGAUGCAAUGGAAAAAUGAAGGGCGAGUAUGACGAACAAAAACUAUAUCUCCAAUUACUCUAUUUAUCUCAAUUAUUUGAUAUAAGUAAAGUACAAAAAAGGGCGGAAUUUGGUUCUAAAAAUAUAGAAGAAAUCGGUAGAUUGAAAAGUUUGGUCGACAGACAUUUAGACCGGAAUGCAUUACGAUAUGUAAAUUUAGGAGAAUUGUUCAAUUAUUAUUUCGAAUAAAACUAAUUAUAAAUAUUCUAUUCUUGGUAAUAAAAAUAUCUAUUCCAUAUAUAAAUUCAAUGUAAAAUUUUUCAUUAUAAUUGGAUAAAAAAUAGAUAUAAUGACCAUCGAAUCAAUCAUUAUAUUUAAG